CUCUCAGUCUGACGACAGGACAGCAGAGGAGCGUAGAGGGUCAACUGGAGGCAGCCUCACUGUGACAGGAACAGGAAGCGGUUGAGCAGAGUGAGCUACCUGGUAAAACAUGAGGCUCGCCUGUUCCUCUCUCUUCACACCGCCCGUGAAUCAUCUGAGCCCUUCCAAAUGUACACUCAUCAGGCUUUGCCAUGUAUUUAACUUAAACCCGGAGGGAGCACCUUCAGCCCGGCCCUGCCUGCCACCUGUGUGACUGUCUGGAGGCGCAAUGACACAGAACGGUGCUGGCAUCGGUAAUGGUACCACCAAAAAGGGACAAGAACUUAAAAUUGUGAUUGUGGGAGAUGGAGGCUGCGGGAAAACAUCUCUGGUGAUGGUUUAUGCUAAAGGUGAUUUUCCGGAGAAAUAUGCACCAUCAGUGUUCGAAAAAUAUGUCGCCACUGUCUCACUGGGAGGAAAAGAAAUAAAGCUCAACCUGUACGACACGGCCGGACAGGAGGACUACGACAGACUGAGGCCGCUCUCAUAUCAAGAGGCCAAUCUGAUUUUAGUCUGCUUUGAUGUCACAAACCCCACCAGCUUUGAGAAUGUCAUGAUAAAGUGGUACCCAGAGGUGAGGCACUUCUGUCCGGACGUACCGGUCGUCCUGAUCGGCUGCAAGACCGACCUCAGGAAGGACAAAGAGUGUGCAAGGAAGCUGAAGGCCAUGAAUCUGGCUCCCAUCACCUACACACAGGGCGAGGAGACGCGGCAGCAGAUGAAGGCCGAGCUGUACCUGGAGUGUUCGGCGAAAUAUCAGGAGAACGUGGAGGACAUCUUCAGAGAGGCGACCAAGAAAGCUCUGGCCUUCCAUCGGAAACAAAGGAACUACAAGAGGAAGAAGAAAUGUGUUGUUUUGUGAAGAUAAAAGGAAGAGGACCUCGCUCUUCUGCAAAACAGCGCCUGUUAAGUCAUCGCUCUUCGUGUUCACAGUGGCUGGACGUUAAGAUUGUGUCCCGCACAGAUGUGGAGACAGCUGUGUGACAGAGUGGCUCAGAGAGACCUGAUGGAAGUCUGGAUGUCGCUGAGCUCAUCAGCACGUCUUCCUCCAAUGUUACAAGAAAUUGACGCAACAGGAAAGACAAUUAUGCAAGUUGCAACUCGGAGACUUUCUAAAGAAUCCAGCAACUUGUAACAUCCUCCGUCAACGUGUUUCACUUUUGAAUGUCAUUUUUAGUUUUUUCUUUUUUAUAUCUUCUGAGAAAACUUUGUACUGUUUGUAAUGGCACCAGAUUGGACUUCUAUUUAUUGAAGGGAUUUCAAUAGUUAGUCGUUUUGUUGCCACUGUGGAUUUUUGUAAUAUAUAUUUUUUUAAAUUGUCAGAUGUGGUUUAAAUCUGCUGGCAGAAACCAAAUUUUAAGAUUAAAUUAGGUGUUUUAAUUCUCCAUCUAGCGGUACUGUAGCUUCAGAGGAGACACUACAGGUGAAUCCUGGAAGACUUUUAACCAAAAGACACAAACAUGAAACUUUUCUAGUUGAUUACUUCAAUUAAAAUUAGUUUUAGUGACAAGUUUUCUGAAAUUUGAUUCUAAAAUAUGAUACGGAAAUUAUUAAAUGAUCAAUUAUCAAAAUGAUGUAAUUUGAAUUAAUUUCCAGAACAGGAAUCUUAACAUUAGCUUUGAAAUUUUUGCUUAUUAUUUAGAACAUUUUUUUUUUUUUACACAUAUAUUUUUUUUAAACAUGGGAUUUUCAAAGCCAUCACAUAAAUAUGAUAUCACAGUUAACAACUAGGGAAAAAAACAAACAUUUUCAGCAUGUUUUUAAGAGUGAAAUCAGGUUCUGAACAACUAGAAUACAGUUUUAAAUAAAAUUGGAAGGUUUGGUGGAUGUAAGUGCUGCUUAAAUCCAAAUAUGUAGCUCAGAGAAUGGGAGAAAAAAAAUAUUUUGAGAAAAUGCCAUUUAAAGACAUGUAUUAAAAAUUGAUUUAAAAAAAAAGUUUUAUUGGAAACUACUUUUUAUAAAUAAAAAAUAUCAACUAGUAAAGAUCAUUAAAUUAUUUAUUGUCACAAGGAUUCUAAAUUUUUACCUUUAAACAUUCAAAUGAGGUUUUAUCUCAUAAAUAUGUGCCCAUUUGUUUAACUCUCUGGUCGAGAAAAAUCAGUAAAAUAAACACGUGAUGUGCAUCGUAACUCUUUUUUUCCACGUGUCUGAAACAAGACAUGUUCUGGAAGCAAAUAACCCAAAAUAUUAAAAUCAACCAGAGCAUGAAAACAACGAUUUUCUGCCAGUAGUGUCUCUUCUUUAUUCCCAGCAGAACUAAACUCAGGCUACAAGUUGUUUUUGGGGCUCCAGGAGCCUGAAGCAGAGCUCUUAGCUUUACCAACAGCGCCCACUAGAGGCAGAAAAGUGGAAUUUGUAAAUUGGCUGCAAAGUAUUUUCAGUUUUCAUACAAUUAAGUGAAUUUGCAGCAGUGAAAAAAA